GGGGUUGUGGUCCGAGGUUUCCUUUCUUCGGGACAGCCCGUGCGCCACGACCCCAGCCGCGAGCCCGUGUUCACCGGGCGGCGGCGCUUCUUUCUUCUUGCCAACAGUCGUUUCUGACUUGAUACGCAUAGGCCCACGGAGGGGCGAAGCAGGGUGCGAUUGAGCUCGCCCGCCUGGCACCGCAGGGAGCGGCGCGGACGCCAGGAGGCCUGCUGCUCCCUCAAGUGCCACGUUGCGGGGCAUCGGCUGCAGCGACACCACGGCAGUCAGCCGCCAGCCGACCAGAGCCCUCCCCCUGGGAUGGAUGGGGGCCUACAGGUUAUGUGCGAUCUGUGCGGAGGCACAAAGGACCAGUCGUGGUGGAAUUUCUGCAAGCACUGCAAGGGGCCACGUGUGCCAGUGGAGAAAGCUACUGCUCGCACUCUUCGUCCUGUUCGGGGGGACCGCUCGCUGGCUGGGCUGCUCAAGCCCCCUUGGAGGCAGCCAGGGGCAGGCGGCCAACAGGCCGCUGCAGCGGGGUCGGCGGCCGAGAGGGUGGCCAGCGGCGGCAGCAGUGGGAGAGGAGGCGCACUGCGAGUCAGUUUCGACCUGGCCACAGAGCCCGUCAGGCAGGAGACCGAGGCCGAGGAGGAGCACCUGGCCAAGCCGGUCGAGCUCCUCACCCUCGCUGGGGACACCGUGGCGGCCGACAAUUGCAGGGACAAGCGGGAAGAGAACCGCCUCGCCAAGCAGGACAGCGACAUCUGGGUCGAGCUGGCCAAGGAGCAGGGUGUUCAAGCAGAGGAGCGGCUCCGCCAGACCUUCGACAUGUGCGAGCGGGUGGAACAGCUCCUGGUCGACGCGCAGGCCGAGGUCGAGCGGGACACCAAGACCCUGGAUGAAGCCAGGGCCAAGUACCAGUCGGCGGCCCACAGCUUGCACACCAUCGUCACCGACCCUGGGCAUGAGGCACGAGGGCACCCCAAGCUGGACCGGUCCAAGAUCUUGGAUGGGGCCGAACUCGUGCUGGCCAACGGGGGGUUCUUCGGCCUGGAGCAGCUCUGUGACGUGGCGGGGGACGAGGACCGCAGGGAGGCGGCACGCCGACACAGGUUCUGUUCAAGCAGGCUGUAUACUUGCCGUCCGGCGACCUCCGUACCAAGGCCUCGGCGAUCAAGCAGGAGAAGGAGGCCCAGGCCAAGUGGCUUGCAGCGAAGAGGGCCCGCACGGCGGCCUCCGAGACCGCGGCGGCCGAGGCCAAUGGCGCUGCAGCAGAAAGCGAAGCCACAGAGCACAAGGCCAAACCCACGCCUGUGGCCGCCAGCGCCACCAUCCAGACGACGAAGGCCAAGGUCGACGCCAAGAAGGGUGCUGCGAACGACGGUGAGGCGCUACCGUCGCGGGGGUAGCAGCACAAAGCACAACUUGAGCUCACGUGAUCGAUAUCCAGUUUUGCGGGCUGCUCCGUCGAGUGCCUGGUGGAUGAGGUCACCCAGUUUUGAAUAUGGCUGGGCAGCUGGUGGAUGGGAUGGUGCAUUUGAAGACCAUGGGCCACGGUGCAGCCAGGCAUCACACAGCACUACAGAGCGUGUCCCUGAGCAGGGUGCUGACCAAGUCAUGGGGGGCUACAACUAUGAGCCGGGCAGGGGCUACGGCACGGCCGACAUCUACAACGGGGAGGUCGAGCUGCUCAGGGGAUGGAUCACCAACCCUGAGCCUGAAGGCGAGCCGCCGCCGACGGAGUCACCAGGCCGACGGCGAGGAGGCGGCGGGGCGAGGACCAGCCGAGCUCGGCGAGGGCAGGUGGAAGCCCAGGCGCGGCGCCGCUCUCACCUACCAGACGGUCGCGAAGGCGCUGCAGACGUCCGAGCCGAGGGUGGUCCACCUCGGCAGCCACCUGCGCCAUGGGCCCCGCAGGCGCUUCCCGCCAGUAGGCGGCCGGGCGCGGCCGAGCCUGGGGCGCCCAGCCCGCGUGCCCGUCAUGUCCAUGGAGUUCAACGUGCGGGCCCGCAGGCCUGUUCCCGUCGGGGCGCUACAGUCGCGGUCAUCAAGGGCAGUCGCCUGAAUGGGCUCUGGUUUGACGUAGCAGGUUUGUUGCGCCCUGUCAAGGGAAUGGCCUCAGCUGUAAGCAGUAGGCAGCAUGUCUUAGAGUCGGAGUUUGAUGAGCUCGCCCGGUGUAAGCCCUCGAGGGGAGCGGCCCGUUUGCCUGUCCAUGGUUUUGUUUUGAACCUCAGGGGCCUCGGCUGGAGUUUCGGCAUUUCUAGGUCCCUCUGGUCCGAAACUGGUGUGUCUAUAGAUCGGUUCGCGCUGGCGCCCAUGCAGGUUGGGUGGCUUGCCCAGCGGGCCUUGCGCCUCCGCUCGGACAAUGUGACCCCCCAGGCCCGGCCAGGGUCCCAGGGCUGGUCCAGGGCUGCCUGCCAGGUGGAAGCCUCUCCCGCGUUUCCUGGAUGGGGCCGAAGGAGGCCGCGGGUCCCUCGGCCGCCAGGGAACCACACAGGCAAUACAUUUUAAGGAGCAGUGUUUCACGAUGCAACUGGCAGCAAGAGAGUCUGCACAGGCACGGCUAUGCUAGCUCGCCUUGCAGCAAGCGAGGUGGAGCGGCCUCAGGUACCCAGUUGCACAGGCGCUUCAGAUGUUGCUAUGUGGACUGUGAAGCCACUAUCUGGGCUGCUAGGUCUCCCACGUCUGCGGGCAGUGCUGCGAGGAGAUGUGCCCAUCUUUGGACUCGGACCUCCCAUCUCCAUGAUGGGGAGCAGCCGCCAGUUGUGAAGGUCCGAGCGCAUUCGUCGUGGGUCGAUGUUGGGCGGGUGCUCCCGACCCCGUUCCACAAGAGAGGCACGGGCGAGGCUGAUGCCCUAGCGAGGCACUGUGUGCAGUGCCAUCCAUCUAUGGCCCAGGCUGCGCUUGCCCUGUUUGUUCGCAUCGGUUGGGAGCCAAGCUGGCCAUUGGGCUGGCGAGCAUGAGGCCUGGAGGGCCGACGGAGGGCAGCGUGAUAGUAUCGAGCAUGUGGGCCCCGAAGGGGUCUGUCGGGGCUGUGCCUCUCCGCAGCAGCUGGCCGUGCCGAGAGCUUCCGGGGGCCAGCUGUUCGUCCCCUCGGACCCGCGGCAUCCUGAAUUGGUCGCCCUCAUCAAUUUGCUUGGUCGCCCGCUCCGCAGGGCCACUGUGUUUGGCCAUGACGGUGAGCGGGUGUCUCUAGAGGGCGCCGUCCGUGUGAAUACUAAGUGCGGGGGUUACAGCUGGGGGGCGGUGAAGGCCCUACACCGCCUCUGCACCCCGCCCACGGUGGGCCUGAAGAGGCAGUUGAACCGUGUUGAGAAAAGGCGUUUUUUUCAUCGAAGGCUCCUCAGUAUCACGGGUGGACAAUCGGCCCAACGAGGCCUGCCACCCCAGUGGAUGUGGCCAUCCUGGUCAUCACGUCUUCGGCCUAUCUCUCCCUGGGCG